AUGGCAGACAUAAUUGGCACCAUCGUCACUCUUGUGGAAACGGUUCAGUCUGCCGUCACUCUCUACCAGCGCAUCGACGGCCUACCCACACAAAUGACGCAACUCGGUAAACGAAUCGAGCGCCUGAGCCCAUUUUUGAGCCGGCUGGAAUCUUUCAUAAAAAAAAGACCAGCAGCUGCCUCCUCAAGCCUGUAUCCUGGCCAGAAACAAGAUCUCAGACAAUUGCUGGAUGCUAUCAACGGCCACAUCAAGAAGGCAACCGAUUUGUUUGAGCGAUACGAGAAAGGCAUUCUCUCGCGGUCUCAUGAUCUUGAAUUUCGAGCACGAUGGGUUUCACAAAUAUGGUUUUCCCUAGUAGAAAACAGCCCAGAGAAAGUCCAGGCAAUCCUGGAUGAUAUCGAAUACGACAGGGGCGUUCUUUCAGACUACCUCGCCCUAAUGGCUGUGGACAAACAACCCGAUAUCCCGAGUCCCAACCUGAUCACAAGUCCAGCCCCUAAAAAAAUUAUCAUCAACAGCCCUGCGAACAAGAACAUCGCUAAUUCCCCAAAGAAGAACAACUUAUCACCAUCGUCAGCACCAGCCAAACGACCAUCACCAUCACCAUCGCCGAUACCACGACAAGAUUUAAAGGUCCUCUUUGUCGACCCUUAUCAUGCUGAGCGAACAGCGAUCGCCGAGUCUCUCCUUGCCCUCUUUCGGGAGCUGACUCUACUGUACAAGUCAAACACACCCUGGCGCAUAUCAACCGUCUCGUCCGCUGGAUUCUUUGUCGAAAAUUCUUCUGAUUUGGUGCCAGUCAUCUCAUCCCUCAAUUACAGCUACUCAUCAUGGAAGAAGGAUUUCAAACCCGGCGGUCCGGGCGAUGUUCCAAAACCCGAAGCCCUGAAGGCCAUCUUUGACAACAACUGGGCAAACUACCCCUUUAAAAACGCGAUCAAGUCGCAAAUAUCAACUCGCCCCAGUGUAGGCUUGACAAAAGACGUGUUUAAGAAGUACGACUACAUCAUUGUCUUCACCAAGCGGGAGCACGACAACAUGGUCAAGCUCAAGGAAGCGGUAACUGCAAUGACAAAAGAGAGGCAAAGGGCACGGGUGUUACAUCUGGGAGUGUACUUGGGCGGGGAGAUUGUUUAUCCAACAUUGGCAAAAGGAGCGGGGGAAGUUAUUGAGCAGACAAACCGGCAUGAGUGGAACAAAAAGGUGGCUCAGAUCAAGACGGCGUUGAAGGAGUUCUUGAGGCAGGAGAUGCGGUGGCAAAUGCCAGAGCUACCUGGUCCAGAAAAGAACGAUGGGAAGCAAAUCAAGGAUACCGGGGAGAAGGAUGCAAAUGGAGUCAAGAACAAGAAGAAAGAAAGCGGUAAGGACAAGGUGAAUGCAGCUGGUAAAGCGAAGGGAAAGGGGUCUUAG